AUGCAUUUUGUCAUUCCUUUCCUUCUAGGCCUGAGCUGGCUCGCCAACGCUGCCUCCAUUCCUGUCCUGAGCACCAAUAGCACUGGGAUUGAAUCUCGUGAUGUUGGCGGGUACCGCUCGGUGGCAUACUAUGUGAACUGGGCUAUUUACGGUCGCAACUUUCAACCCCAGGACCUUCCCGCAGAGCGAUUGACGCAUGUUCUUUAUGCAUUUGCCAACGUUCGCCCUGGUACAGGCGAGGUCUACCUGUCGGACUCCUGGGCAGACACUGACAAGCAUUAUCCUACUGAUUCCUGGAAUGAUUCUGGAAAUAACGUCUAUGGCUGUAUCAAACAGCUUUUCCUGCUCAAGAAGAGAAACCCCAAGCUCAAGGUUCUUCUGUCCAUUGGAGGCUGGACCUAUUCCCCUAACUUCGUUUCUGCCUUUGAGACUGAGGCUGGACGGCAGAAGUUUGCUGAUUCUGCUACGGAGCUGUUGAAGAACCUCGGAUUGGAUGGUAUUGAUGUUGAUUAUGAGUACCCUGCCAAUGACGACCAAGCCGACAAGCUGGUCGAUGCACUCCGACGACUACGUGGUGCUUUGGAUAACUACAGCUCGGCCAACGCCGGAGGUUAUCAUUUCCUACUUACUGUUGCAUCUCCAGCUGGCCCAAUUCACUACCGCCAAGAGCACUUGAACCAGAUGGACCAGUACCUUGAUUUCUGGAACCUCAUGGCGUAUGAUUACUCUGGCAGCUGGGAUACAGUGGCCGGCCACAAUUCCAACCUUCACGUGUCGAACGACAACCCAUCCAGCACCCCAUUCAACACGGACCAAGCAAUCGAUUACUACUCCUCGCAAGGCGUAGCUGCUAAUAAGAUCGUGAUGGGCAUGCCACUGUACGGCCGGGCAUUUACUAACACCGACGGCCCAGGAAAGCCUUACAAUGGAGUUGGAGCGGGCACAUGGGAGAACGGCGUGUGGGACUACAAGGGCCUGCCUCUGCCAGGUUGUACUGUGACAGUCCUGGAUCAACCAGGUGCAAGCUAUUGCUAUAACCAAGGAAGUCGACUGCUUAUCAGCUAUGAUACACCCGAGAUUGCGCGCCAGAAGGCGCAGUACAUCCAGUCCCGCGGACUGGGCGGUGCAAUGUGGUGGGAGAGCAGCUCUGAUAAGGCCGGCGGGGACAGUUUGAUUACAACUGUUGUUGAUACGCUUGGAGGUGUUGGAGCUUUGGAGAAGAGCGGCAACCAGCUGCACUAUCCUGCCUCCAAGUACGAUAACUUGAAGAACGGAUUCCCUUAG